CUUUAACAGUAUCAAGGGGAAAUAAAGCGAGGGAGCAAAUCUUGUGUAAAGCAUUGUCUGCUCUUUCGUACCCAAAAGUAAAGGAACAGCACCACUUUGACAUUUUGUCCAAUUACAUUACAAACAAAUAUUGCUUAUAAUGGCUUCCUUACAGUGUAAGCACUACCACGAUGAAGAGUACGAUCCUUGCCUUUUUUUUGCAACCUACAUGGGGGCUGAUAAGGAUCCUUCCAAGGAGCAGCUGAUAGAAUAUCCUAUUAAAGUUCUCCGUGAUAUAUUCUCUUCAGGUUUAGUGAAAGGAGACACUCUGAUUGAACUUACUACUAGUUCAGCACAUAUACUUAUUCUGGCGGCUGCUGAUUACUUUGACAACAUCAUUUUGUUACAACCCUGUGAAUCUGAUGAACAAGAGGCACAGAAAUGGUUAAACAAGGAAGCAGGAGCCAUAGACCACUCCCACCUUACUACGUUUGUCUGUGGUCUUAAAGGGGAAUGCACAGAAUGGGAGGAACAUGAAGACAAGACCAGAAGAGCCAUCAAACAGAUUGUAAGAUGGGAUAUAACCAAAGAUAACCCACUGGGUGAUGUUGUGUUGCCCCAAGCAGACUGUGUGCUCAGUGGGGGGUAUUUGAAUGCUGUUAGUAAAGAUCAUGAGAUGUAUCUGAAACUCCUAAAACAAAUGUCCUCCCUUGUGAAGAUAGGGGGUCACCUGAUCCUGAUUGGAUUCAUCAAUAUGACUUACUACACUAUAGGACAACACAAGUUUUCUGCCCUGCCAUGUGAUGAAGAGUUUGUACGAAAAUCUCUGGCAAGCUGUGGGUUUAUUAUAGAGAGAUCUGGGAAAGAAAAGAACAGAUACAAUUCUGAUUUGUUUGAUUAUGAAUAUCUGGCAUAUUUUGUAUCCCGGAAGGAAAGAGAGGGAUAAAUGCCUGAAUCCCUAUAGACAAAGCUGUGUUUAAUGAUGACAUUAUUGUUAGUUAUUUAGGUUUAGUGAUUAUAGUUUCAGUUCACACUGAAAAGUAUAGGUAUUAGAAUUAAUUAGUGAUCAGUUGUGAAAAGGGGUAGAUCUAGGAGUUGGCUCUAUGUUCUACCAAUAGUAGCUUAACCACUUUAAAAAACUCUGUUUGAUUUGUUUGCAUUUGUUGUUAGUAAAAUUAAAAAUGUCUGGCUUGUGAAAUCCUGCUUUGAAUAAAACACUGGCACAUACCUCUUUGGCAUUAAA